UGAGGCCUAGUUCAUGUGUGUCGGCGGCAGAACAGGCGGCUUCUCGAGUUUUGGAAACCUGCCGUAUGUGAAAACGAAAACCCUGCAAAAAGAAAACAAGCGAAGACAGGAGCCGCCCCUGAAGGAAAGAGGAGGGGCCCCGCCACGAUUGCGCCCGCCCCUCGCUUAAUCGGGCACAGAGGAAGGAAACUGCUGCUGGCGCUUUCUGCCGAUCGCAGCCGGCUCCGGCUCCUCCGGGUUUUCUCGCCGGCCCCAUGGCUCCUGCGUCGCGGAUCUCGGACCUGCGGCAGGCGGGGAACGAACAGUUCCGCAACGGGCAGUACGGGCAGGCGGCUGCGUUGUAUGGCCGGGCGCUGGAGCUGCUGGAAACCACAGGAGGUGCUUCUGCAGAAGAGAAGAGUGUGCUUCAUUCCAACCGUGCUGCCUGUUACUUGAAGGAUGGGAACUGCAGUCUCUGCAUUAAGGACUGUUCUGUUGCCUUGGAUCUGGUUCCUUUUGCAAUCAAACCCCUGCUGAGGCGGGCAGCAGCCUAUGAAGCGCUGGAGAGAUACCAGUUAGCCUAUGUGGACUACAAAACUGUGUUACAAGUUGACUGUACUGUACAGGCUGCACAUGAUGGAGUCAACAGAAUGACCAAGGUCUUACUGGAAAGGGAUGGCCUCCAGUGGCGCCAGAAACUGCCACCCAUCCCAAGUGUUCCUGUUUCUGCUCAGAAAAGAUGGGAGUCUCCUCUAAGAAGCCAUGAAGCUACUGCAAGAAGCAAAGCAAAUGAUCCUGUACCCGUAACAAAGCAAGUGCCUACAGUCGCUACCACCGAACAAGCAAAUAAGCUGAAGCUAGAAGGAAAUGAACUUGUGAAAAAGGGCAACUAUAAGAAAGCUAUCGAAAAGUACACAGAGAGCUUAAAACUGCACAAGCUGGAAUGCACUACUUACACUAACAGAGCUCUUUGCUACCUGAAUCUGAAGCAGUACAAGCAAGCAAUCCAGGAUUGUUCAGAAGCCCUUAAAUUAGAUGCUAAAAAUGUCAAGGCGUUUUACAGACGAGCACAAGCAUAUAAAGAGCUCAAGGACUACAAAUCCAGCAUGGCGGAUAUCAAUACUCUCUUGAAAAUUGAACCAGUGAACACUGCUGCUCAGAAACUACAGCAAGAAUUGAGCAAACUUUUAAAAUAGGAGUGCCUCAAGAAUAACAUUGUGCUCUUCUGAAGAUGACACUUUUGUUUCCUGUAAAAACUGACGUUGGGACCAGGCUGAAGGCAGGGCCUGGUAGGAAAUCCUGCCUUCCAGACCUGCUGCCACCACUCGGGUUUCAUCCUGCAUAUUUUUGAAAAAGUUAUUCAGUCUUUUUAUCAAGCCUUCAGAAAGUUCAGAGUAACAUCUGAGGUUCUUAACUUCCUAGCACAGUUACUGGUUUUUAGGAACUGAAAAAAGAUCUCUGUAGCAGAUGGGGCAGAACAGCACUUGUCAAAAUGUUGAAUUUCUGAGAUGUGUUUACAGAGAGAAAAAAGAACUAAGUAUGUUCUCAACUGAUGUGGUCUACUGAUACACCUGGGUAACAACUAGUGUAAACAAAAGACUUUGGGUUAAUGCAGCAGGAGAGGGAAAUGAGAGCCUCAAAAGUUGUGCAUGCUUUGCCUUAACUUGUGUGCACUGGGCUACACUGACUGCAGCAUUUGGUCCCCAAAGCAUCAUUUAGGAAUUUCAAAGUUGCUCUCCCCCCCCCCCCCCCUUACCAAAGAGCGCAGUAAAUCUUGGCUUUCUUUAUCUUUUGCUGUUAAGAGUUUUUGUUAGCUUCAGCUUCCUUAAGGUUAAAUGCCUGCUAUGUGUUUUGUACAUGCAGAUGCACACUAUUGUACAAGGCCACUCUUUAUUUCUCAUAUCCUUGCCAUGUAAUGGACAAAAAACUAUGUAGAACAGCACGGACACUUUCCUUAUCACAAGUCUGGACCUGUAGCUUCUAUUAAUGCUCACAAAUAACCUGAGUUACUAAAAUUGGGCAUUUACCAUUUCAGACUAUGGGUAAGAGGAGCGUGACUCAAUGCUCCUUUAAUAAAAGUUCCAUUAUUUUGGAGGCAUUCAGCCCCUCCAGCAGUCGGGAUUGGUACAGCAGGCUGCAUCAUCUGUUUUAUGAGAACGAGGUUUUAAAUGAUUAGUGUUAACAAAGGAAACAUAACCUGCUUGGACCACUCUGCCUUCCCUUUUCACAGAGCUAGACUUAAAGGUGAAUCCCAUUUUCGGACCUACUGUAAGAUUAGACUAAAGGAAGGUUUAUGUAUGGCCUUUUAACAUAGGGUAUGCAUCAAGUUCUUCCUAGUACUCGUGUAUUGUAAAGACACAAUGCAAAUGGCAGCUGCUUUCUUAUUGUUUGGAAAUGUUGAGGGAAGGGGAAUGAUUCCCUCAGCACUCUUUGUUUUUGGGGUGUUUCUUUUUCGGUUUGAGGUUUUGCCUGUAAGGAUUGAAGCUGGAUUCUGACAUCAUAAAUUGGUCCACAUUCUGAGUGUUAUUUUGAACUUUUAAAUAAACAAGUUUAGUUGA